AUGCAACCAACAUCUGACUCAUCAGUUGCGGAAUCCACACUCUACAACGGAGCGACCGCCCCAUGCCGGUUGAACAUCAUCAUUUUCGGAGCAGGAAUUUCUGGUCUCUGUGCUGCGUUCUGUUUAGCCAAAGCCGGUCAUACUGUCACGAUACUAGAGGGAAGAGCCAACCUAGAAAAGAUUGGUGCAGGAAUUCAAGUUGGACCUAAUACUUCACGCCUUCUCAUCCGGUGGGGUCUCAAACCCUCCCUAGGCAAGACUGGAGUCUUACUUACGCAUACGUCCUUGCUUCGUUAUGACAAUGGUGAACAACUAGCUUGUUUUCCUUAUCAGGAAUUUGGCAGUCCAUGCUAUGAUAUACAUAGACGAUAUCUUGUCAAUAUACUUCACGAUGCUAUUGUCCCUCUCACAACCCUUCGCUUUGAUACUAAAGUUGCGUCGAUCAACCCCGACACAACUUCUGUGACCCUAAACACGGGCGAAGUCAUCGAAGCAGACAUGAUCAUCGGUGCUGACGGUGUUAAUAGUCUAACGCGAAACGUAGUAGUGGGCUCGCCUACGCCUACAAUACGAAGCGGAGACGCAGCUUUCCGGGCCAUCGUUGACGCGAAGAAGAUGAUGCUAGACCUAGACCUUCGUCCUUUCUUGGAAAAGCAACAACUCAAUGUCUGGCUAGGUCCCGACCGCCAUGGCAUGAACGACCACAACGUUGUCUUGUUGCAUCCAGACGAGACGGAAGACACUACUAUUCCGUGGACGCGACAAGGGGAUAUCGAAAAGAUGAGGAAAGAGUUUUCUGGCUGGGAUCUUCGGGUCAGCAAAAUAAUAGAUCUCAUACCAUCUGGCAUCGUGGGACCACUCAAAGUUCUCGAGUCUCCACUCAAAUCCUGGGUGCACAAGGACGGGCGCAUUGCUCUUACCAGAGAUGCUUGCCAUCCGAUGCUGAUAAGCGAUGCCCUCCCUAGUCCUCCAAGUCACUGCCAAGCAGCGUCCAUGGCCAUCGAAGACGCCGCAGUCCUCGGCAACCUCUUCGUACGCCUCACGAACAAGGAUCAGAUACCCACUGUCUUGGAAGCUUAUGAAUCCCUCAGGGCUCCUCGUGCAAUGGCUACAGCUGAUGGUUGCUGGAAGGAUAAGAGUACUUUCCAUCUCCCUGAUGGGCCUGCACAACGUGCGAGGGAUGAAGCACUGAAGGCCACUAUGGCUGGAAAGCGUAGCAAUGCGGGCCAGGACAAUAAUGCGCAGUAUGAAUAUGAUGUCGAUGUGAUCGUGGAUGACUGGCGGAUGCACACGAUGUCUGCGGCGCUCUCUACUCUCCGGGUUGAUGACCAUUUCCACUAG